GACAUGACUGAGCAACUGAACUGAAAGACACAUAAAAAAGAAAGGGUACACAUAUUUCAACUGUUGUUUUGAUGUUCGGUUUGUCUUGGUGUCUCAGGUGAUGAUUCUUGAUUCUUCAGAAUGAUUUAUUGUAGCUCAGAGACUUGAUGUAAAGUCCCUGAAGUCAAGGAAAACCAUAUUAUUUUUUGUUGGGGGAGGCAGAAUAUGCACUGUUGGGCACCGAGAUUUAGAAGAGUAGCUAUAGGUUUUCUUGGUUCUUGUAGGAUGCCUAUGGUGUGGCUUCCUGCAGGAGACAGAAUUUCCAGAGGUAGGAAAUUGGAUUUCCAGAGUUAUUCCUACAGUGAGGGGAGCUAGUUUUAGGUGAACACGGUAAUUCUAUUCAACAAGCAAGAGAAAAGCUCAUCCUUCUUGUUCAACCUACCACUAGCUGUCUUAACUAACAGGAAAGAUGAACACAAGGGGCAUUACAGUCUCUGAGGGAAAGCACUUAUGAUAUAAUUAGUGAGCCAGAUCCCACUAAACUUGACGGAGUGCCUAGGGGGAACAGCGUUGUGGAUCAUUCCAGGCGUGGGCAACCUAUGGGAGAAGAGCUGCUUGGAUGGACCUUCAGUAUCUCCGGUGAGUAUCUCAGGGCUGGAGGUGACCAUGUUCUCGCCCCCCAAAAGGUGAUGAUUCAAAAAUAAAAAAAACCAACUAAGCAAAAUCUCCAACAACCCAGGCCCCGAGGCGACCACCAAACCCUUCUACGUCCCCCAGCGCACACCACACAGGAGGGUCCAGAUUCCAUACAAAAGCCAACCCUACUUCCUGGCUCCCACACCCUCCCUCCUUCACUACAGGAGGGUGGUGAAGGAUUUAUAACCCACUUCUUUCUUCCAGUUGCCAUGGAUACCAACCCCAGUCCUUUCAUUCCUUCUGGUACUGGGAACAGUCUCUAACGCAAGAGGAAUGGAGGGCUCUUUACCCAAACCCGCCAGUGGGAGUGAUGGGGGAGGGGGUGGCGGUUAAACAGAGCGCGGAGGACUGGUGGUCUAGACUGCAGCGGUAGAAUCAAGACAAAAGCUAAGUUCAGCCGCGGUUCAAGCCCUUCCGUUCGCCAACACUUGCGACCAGACCCUGCGGGACACUGCUGGGCUUAGGGGAGGGGCAAGCCGAGACGACGGGACGCGGGCUGCGGGUCGGGGCGCGAGGCGGCUCCCGGGAGAGUUCCGGGGACCGGAGCGCCGACUUGUGCACUACUAGCUCAGGAGGGUGCAGAGGCUGGAAGAAGGUGCAGGCCCCUCCACCCACUAGUCCAUUGGGCGGCGGCACCAUCACGCUCUGCUCGGCAACACCGCUCUCCACCUCCGCCCAGCCAGGAUCCCCUCCCCCGCCGUCCUCUGCUCCGCCCCGUCCUGGGAGCUUUUCAUUGGACGGAGGCGCGGUCGAUUCGCCUCGAGUUAGAGAGCCGAUUGGACAGGAGGCCGUCGGGCCGCCCCCAACCAGCUUGGAUUGGCUUGCUUCGCGUUGGCGCAACGGAAGAGGCGGCCUGCCGAAGGUGCUCUUUUGCUCCGACUGACUUGCCGCGGAGGAGGCGAAAAGGGGACCAGCGCUGGGGGGCUGGCUCGGGCGGCAGCGGUGGCUGCUGCGGAUGGGAGCCGGUUGGCUUGCCGUGCCCAUGGAGCGCCACGGCAGGGCCGCCGCCACCUCUGCCUCGUCGGCCCGGGAGCCGGUGCCCGGGGGCCCCGAUGGGCGGCGGCGGGAGCCACUGCGGCGCCGGGCGAACAGCGCGUCAGCUCCUGCCGUCGGGGCCUCGGCUUCGGCCUCGCCUUCGGUGGAGGGCGUAAGGCGGGAUCGGCCAGGUUCCUACAGCGGCGCUACCUCGGCCUCCCGUCAGCGAGUCGAAAGCCUCCGGAAGAAGCGGCCGCUUUUUCCUUGGUUUGGCUUGGAUAUUGGUGGAACCCUGGUCAAGCUGGUUUAUUUUGAACCCAAAGACAUCACUGCUGAAGAAGAAGAGGAAGAAGUGGAAAGUCUUAAAAGCAUUCGGAAGUACCUGACCUCCAAUGUGGCUUAUGGGUCCACGGGUAUUCGGGAUGUGCACCUGGAGCUGAAGGACCUGACUCUGUGUGGACGCAAAGGCAAUCUGCACUUUAUACGCUUUCCCACUCAUGACAUGCCUGCUUUUAUUCAAAUGGGCAGAGAUAAAAACUUCUCAAGUCUCCACACUGUCUUUUGUGCCACUGGAGGUGGAGCGUACAAAUUUGAGCAGGAUUUUCUCACAAUAGGUGAUCUUCAGCUUUGCAAACUUGAUGAACUAGAUUGCUUAAUAAAAGGAAUUUUAUAUAUUGACUCAGUUGGAUUCAAUGGACGGUCACAGUGCUAUUACUUUGAAAACCCUGCUGAUUCUGAAAAAUGUCAGAAGUUACCAUUUGAUUUGAAAAAUCCAUACCCUCUGCUGCUCGUGAACAUUGGCUCUGGGGUUAGCAUCUUAGCAGUAUAUUCCAAAGAUAAUUAUAAGAGGGUCACGGGUACCAGUCUUGGAGGAGGAACUUUUUUUGGUCUUUGCUGUCUUCUUACUGGUUGUACCACAUUUGAAGAAGCUCUGGAAAUGGCAUCACGUGGAGAUAGCACCAAAGUGGAUAAACUAGUGAGAGACAUUUAUGGAGGGGACUAUGAGAGGUUUGGACUGCCAGGCUGGGCUGUGGCUUCAAGCUUUGGAAACAUGAUGAGCAAGGAGAAGCGAGAGGCUGUGAGUAAAGAGGACCUUGCCAGAGCGACUUUGAUCACCAUCACCAACAACAUUGGCUCAAUAGCAAGAAUGUGUGCCCUUAAUGAAAACAUUAACCAGGUGGUAUUUGUUGGAAAUUUCUUGAGAAUUAAUACGAUCGCCAUGCGGCUUUUGGCAUAUGCUUUGGAUUAUUGGUCCAAGGGACAGUUGAAAGCACUUUUUUCGGAACAUGAGGGUUAUUUUGGAGCUGUUGGAGCACUCCUUGAGCUAUUGAAGAUCCCCUGACUGUUAACCUGGGGAGGGGUUCCUGGAACCUUCCACAAUGGGAUCUGUGGAUGGACUCUUUUUUUUAAGACUUACUCAGUUUUAUGAUUGUCUACUACCUGAAUCAAAGCGAGAAAGGACAAGUGUAUUUUUCUAAGACAUCAAGAUAAAUUCUUAAAAAUUCAGUCUGAACUAAUAACCAGUAAGGAAAUGUAUAUGUAUUAAAAAAAAAAAAAGUGGACCAUGUCGGUGAGGAUUCUCUGUAUUUAAGUUGCUCUUCAGUAUAGCUUUGUUCAACUUGCUGUGUAGUUUUGAAAUUCAGCAUCACUCAGUGGAGCCACUUCGGGAGAGAGCUGUUCUUUGUUCAGCUGGCUUUAGUUUUGUGUCGUGUUGAAUUUGGUAAAUAUAAGGCAAGCAACUCUGUA